AUGGAGUUUCCCACAACGGGAACUCGUUGUUCUUGGAAAGAAUGUAAACAAUUAGAUUUUCUACCAUUUCAAUGUGAUCAUUGUAAAUUGGAAUUUUGCAAAGAACAUUUUCACGCAAUUUCGCAUUCGUGCACACAGUUUGUCGACAAUGUUACAACAAAUACUGAUAAAUUAACAAGUUACAAUUGUUCGCAAAAUUCUUGUAAUCAAACUUCUGUGAUUGAAAUGCCAUGUGUUGUUUGUAAAAAACAUUUUUGUCUUGCUCAUCGUUAUCAUGGUUGUUUGGAAUUGAGUGAAAGAGAAAAAUCACAAGAAAUGAAAAAAUGGAAUAAACCGAAAGAGGAUUUUGCUGAAGCAAAAGCUGCUGUCGAUCAAACAAUAAAGGAGAAACUUAAAAAAUCGAAAAAUUCCGCAAUGGCUAUUAAAGUACAACUCAUGAAAUUAAAAGGCAACUCGACCGGUUCCCAAGGAAUUCCAACGGUUGAUCGUCGUUAUUUUCUCGUUCAUUAUCCCGCAAAUACAAAAAAUGUUGGAACCUCGAAAGGUGCAUUUGUCUCAAUAAGCUGGACAAUGGGAAAGACAAUUGAUUCAAUUUCUGAUUUAUUAGGUAUACCAAAUUCCAACAAUGUAUCUACCUCGAUGAAAUUACGAAUGUUUCAUCAUGAAACUGGUCUCGUGGUAUCAGAAAAAAUGGAUGUGCCUUUAGCGGAUCUUUUCAACAACAAAGAUUUAAUUGACGGACAAAGCAUAAUUUUGGAAUAUUGCAAUGAUCAUAAAUUAGAUCCUUCUGUUUAUUUAAGUAAAACGUUUUAGUUUUUUUUUCAAUUAAAACACUUUUAUUUAUUAAGAUUAAUAUUUAUAAUUACAUACCUUAAUUUCUUAUAAUUUCUAUUAAAACUUGAAUUUUUUCUUUUUUUUUUCUAAUAAACAAAAGUGAAUAAUAUAAUUGUGGAUUGUAUUAUAAUAAAUAUUGAAUGAAAACAAAUUUA